GGCGGUUUUCUAUAACCUAUCCUCGCUGAAGCACGGAUACUUUUGAUCGUGUGUUCUCUACGUUCUAUCAUCUGGGCCAAUUCCAAAUAGAGCUCAUUCUAAUCUCUCUUCUCUGGAGUUACAUGACAAGUGCUUAAAAAGUUUGAGCUGCCGCAAUGGGGAAAGACGCGGCUCCAUCCUUUGUUCAGAAGCCUGCCCUGGACCAGUCUGAUGACGGGCAAAUACUUAUCUUCACCUGCAAGAUCGCAGGCAGUCCACAGCCAGACUUCAAGUGGUCAGUGGAUGACAAGGCAAUCCAAGAUGGCGGCAGAUACGUCACAUCGGUUAAACCCGACGGUGACGUUUUCGUAGUCAAGAUGGAGAUCGCCGACAUCGUAGCGGCAGACGAAGGCAACUACAAAAUCGUCGCUUCAAACAAAAUGGGGACCACGAGUGCAACAAUUGCACUCAAAUUCGGCGACGAAGAAACAGAAAUGGAACAAGAGGCAGGACCCGGCAAAGACGGAGGCAAGGGAAAACCGCCCAACUUCACCAUGAAACCGGCCAUGAAACAAUCGGACGACGGUACCAAGCUGACCAUCGAGUGCAGCUUAGAGGCUGACCCCGCACCUUCCAUCGAGUGGAAACGCAACGACAAACUCUUGAAGGACAGCGGGCCCGGUGGUCAUCUCAAAGUUCGGGAGAAAAACGACGGCGACUUCUACUACCUCUCACUCGAGAUCAACGAUGUUACCGAGGCCGAUGGAGGAGACUACAAGAUCGUCGCCAAGAACCAGCUUGGAACCGCCACCAACACCAUCAAACUCAACUUCGAGAAACCGGGAGGAGCACCCAAGUUCACGAUGGCACCAAAGAUCAAGCAGCAACCAGACGGAACCAUCCAAUUCACGUGCGAACUGCAAGCCGAUCCUAAGCCGACACUCAACUGGUUCAAGAACGGCACCCCUGUGAAAGCUGGCGGCAGAAUCAAAAUCGACGUGCAAGAAGAUGGCGAUUACUACGCUAUUUACCUCGAUAUCAAGGAUGCCGGCGAUGCCGACGCUGGAAAGUUUGAAAUUCAAGCCAAGAACAAGUUUGGUGAAGCUAGCUCGACGAUUACACUCAACUUUGAAGGAACAACACAAGAGCCACCAAAACAAGCAGCCGCUGGAGGACCAAAAUUCAUCGGCCAUCCAACUAUGCGCCAGAGCAAAAACGGCCAAACACUCACCUUCGAGUCUAUACUCGAGGCCGACUCAGAACCUCAGGUCAUGUGGAGCCUCGGCAACACAGCCAUCCAAGAUGGAGGGCGCUAUGCUAUCAAGAAGGUAGCUGCUGGCAAGAAGUACACCUUGACUUUGGAGAUCGAAAAAGUAACGCCCAAGGACGGAGGCACCUAUGUGAUCUACGUAGCCACCAGUGCCGGAGAUGCACAUGCAAACAUCAACUUGAACUUUGACAUCAAAGACGCCAGCAAAGAGGGUGCACCCACCUUCAUCGAGAAGCCAACCAUCAAGCAGGAGGACCAGGGUCGCAGGGUCGUCUUUGAGGUCAAGCUGAUGGGAGAACCCAAGCCUACCAUCAAGUGGCAGUACAACGACAGGGACAUCAGGGAGGACAAGAAGUACAGGAUGAGGUCACAACAGAAGGGUAAAGUGUACAUGCUGACUCUGGAGGUGAACAAUUCUUCCAACAUUGACUCAGGAAGCUACAUUGUGGUUGCAGAGAACGAGAAGGGCAAAGCCACUUCCACCAUCAACCUCAAGUUUGACCAAGCUCCUGGAUCCAAGUUCGGUCCCAAGAAGUUCACCCUGAACCCGGUAGUGGAGCCCUCAAUGCAGAUUGACUUCGGGGCUCCUCUCAUCGAGCUAGACCUUGGCGAAUUUGGCAAGGCUCUCCAGCUCGGUGGUCAGCUUGACCAACAGAUCGAGGUCUCAAGCGAGGGCCCCGAGGAAGUCACUCCGCUCAUUGAAGAGGCUGCCCCCGCUGUGAAACCAGUGGUCAUUGAGGAGCUCAAGGACCAGGAUGUGAAAGACGGCAGCCGUGUCAGCCUUCGGGUCAAGAUCACCGGCAGCCCGACCAAGGUGACAUGGUACAAAGAUGGCAAAGAAGUCAAGGAAUCAAAGGAGAUUAGGAUGAGCCAGGCCGGUGAUCUCUACCUCCUGGAUAUCCUGGAUGUGCUCCCAGAAGAUACAGGAGACUACAGCAUCGUGGCUUCUAAUCCCGCAGGAGAGACCAAGUCCAUCGCCGCAGUCUUUGUUGAAGACUCACUGGAACCAGGCAAGAGCAAGCCAGGUAAGAAGCAGCCAGUGGAGGAGGCCAUCACCUCGACCGGUCAGCAAGAGGUAGAGUCAGCCGCACCAGGAGGGGUCGGAGGGGUCGAAGGGGAGAUCGGCUCCAGAGCAACGGAAGGUGUGGAGGACAGUGCAGACUGGGAGUUUGCAGAGGGGUCAGAUGUUUCCCCUCUACAAGAGAGACAAGGAGAACAGUUGGAAGGAAUGGAAGGAAAGAGGAAGAAGGAGAAGAAGGGACCAGUUGACAUCUCGCCCUACUUCGUUGAGACACCCAGCAAAUGUUCAAGUCCUGAGGGUCAGACUGUCAAAUUUGAAGCCUUGGUUGCUGGUGAGCCUACCCCAACUGUCAAAUGGUUCAAAGGCAAGAAUGAGAUCAAAGAUGGAUUCAAAGGAAGAUAUGCUGUGAAAUACAAUGAGAAGACAGGAGUCCACUCGCUGGAGAUCAAGAAGUCCGACUCCAUGGACACCGGCAAGUUCUCUUGCAAGCUUGAGAACCAGCACGGCAAGGACGAGCGCGCUUUCUCCCUCAUGGUGACACAGAAAGCACAGAGUGAUGAACUUGACUUCAGGGCCCUUCUCAAGCACAGGGAGGUGGACAGGAGGGAAUCCAAGAUGGUGGAACCUGACUGGGGUGACUUGAAAGAAACUCCUGGAAUGAAAGCUAAGGCUGUCCAGAUCAUCAUGCCCUUGAAGGAUGUCAAGGUCAACGAGAAGGAAGGUCGUAUGAAGCUCACGUGCGAGGCCAAGUUUGAGGGCAGCAAACCCAAGUGGUUCAAAGACGGCAAGGAGAUUGCCCCGGGCAAGAAGUGCCGCAUGAAGGCAGCCAAGGGGGAGAUCGAGCUGACCGUCUUCGACAUCGGACCAGGCGACAAGGGAGAGUACAAGGUCAAGUUCGACGACGGGACCGAAUCCAAAUGCAAAGUGACGAUCGAUAAGCAUGUGUGUUUGGCACAGAUGAGUGAGCCGGAGUACAGGAAACUGCAGAAGCAAGGAAUCAUGCCGCAGGAUGCUUCCAAGCCGAAGAUCGACUUCAUCACCUUGAUCAAGACCGUUGAGGUGGAUGAGGGUGCGGAUGCCAAGUACACCGCCGAACUCAGCGGCGACAAGUUUGAGAUCACAUGGUUCAAGGACGGCAAGAAGAUCACCUCCAAGGACAUCCCCAAGUUUGAGAUCAAGAAGCUCGGCCGCAAGCACUCCCUCGUUGUCAAGAAGGUGACAGCCGAGGACCAGGGAGAGGUCGUUCUCAAGGUCGACAGGCAGGAGUGCUGCGCUGGCCUGCUAGUCAAGGCUAAGCCUAAGUUCCUGCAAGAGUUGAAGGAUAUCAGCAUUGUUGAGAAACGAACUGGAGUCCUGGAAUGUGAGAUCACCGACACAGAAGCUAAGGUGGAAUGGACCAAGGAUGGCAAGCCAUUUACCGGCAACGAUAAUGUCAGACUCGACGUGGAGAUGGGCACGAGGAAACUCAUCUUCGACAAGGCCGAAGCUGAAAAUGCAGGCAAAUACACAUGCAAGUUUGGCAAGCUGGAAUCCACAGGAAGUGUUGCUGUCAUCGAGGCACCCAGUAUGUCUGCCAAGCUAGCACCUCAAUCAGAGGUCUUCGCUGGUGAGGACUUUGAACUCGUCACCGAGGUCACUGCUCCAGAGGCCGAGGUCUUCUGGUUCAAGGACAAUGCCCCUCUGGAAUCCUCAGACAAGUUUGAGGUCAUCUCCGACGGCAACACCAGGAAGCUGGUCAUCCACGAUGUCCAGCCGGAGGACAAAGGUCGCUAUGCCUGCGCCAUGGACGAGGCCAACGCCACCUAUUCAACGCUCAAGAUCCAAGCUGCACCAGAGAAGCCAGGCCUGAAGGUUGACACCCUCAAGGACGUAACCGCAAAUGCCGGUGAGCAGGUUGAGCUCUACCUCGAGAUCUCCGGCUCCCCUGCCCCGACCGUGGAAUGGACCAAGGGCACGACCAAGGUCUCCGAAAGUGACCGCAUCCAGAUCGUGUCCACGCCCAACGAUGCCACCUUGAUGAUCAUGAAGUGUGCGAGGGGCGACACCUCGGAGUACACUGUCAGCAUCAGCAACAAGCAUGGAAGCGAGAAGGCCUCCGUCAAAGUCAAGAUCAUUGAUCUCCCUGGAUCCCCUAGUGAUGUCAAGGUGACAGCGUACAGUGAGGAAUCUGUCACCCUUAGUUGGGUGGCUCCCACGGAUGAUGGCGACUCUCCAGUCUCUCACUACCAAGUGGAGUACAAAGAGAAGAGGGCAACCAAAUGGGAGGUGGCUGAAAGCAGGGUGCGUGACAAGACCUACCAAGUCACUGGUCUCACCGAGGGUAAGGAGUACCUCUUCCAGGUCUCUGCAGUGAAUGCUGUGGGAUCGAGCAAACCAACUCAGACUGACAAACCUCAGCUGUGCAAGGAACCAUCAGAACCCCCUGAUGCUCCUGACGCACCCAAAGUCAUAGCCACCGCCAACGGUUGCAUCUCUCUGGAGUGGUCCAAACCAGGAUUCGACGGAGGACGUCCCGUCACCGGAUACAUGUUGGAGAAGAAGGAAACCUCCAGCAACAGAUGGUCCAAGGCCACCAAGGAGGACAUCAACAAGACCAAGCACACCGUAACUGGUCUUACCCAGGGAUCUGAAUACCAAUUCAGGAUAUCAGCCAGCAAUAAGGUCGGAACCAGCGAGCCUAGCAAACCAAGCAAUGCUGCUCUCGCCAGGGAACCCAUUGACCCUGCUUCUGCACCAGGAGACAUUGUCGUGGGUGACGUCACCAAGGACAAGAUCCCCUUGGAAUGGACCAAGCCCAAGCAGGACGGAGGCAGCCCCAUCUCGGGCUACCACGUAGAGAAGCUCAACCCAGACACCAACAGGUGGGAGAGGGUCAACAAGUCGCCCAUCAGGGGAACCAAGUUCACUGUUCCUGCUGAGGAAGGACAAGAUUACGAUCUCCGAGUUAUCGCCGAGAACGAGGCCGGUCCCAGUCAGCCAUCCAACAAGACGGGAGCAAUCACUGCCAAGGAUCCUGAAAUCCCACCCAAGCUUGAGCUGAAGAACAUGAAAGACCAGACGGUGAAGGCUGGACAGACCUUCAAGCUCAACCUCAAGUUCUCCGGAACCCCCUACCCAACCGCCAAAUGGUCUCACAGCUCCAAGGAACUGGUCGGCGAUGAGAGGGUCAAGAUGCGAAGCACCCCUGUGGAGUCGGAGAUGUCUACCUGGGGAGCUGCCCGAGCAGAUUCUGGUGGCUACACUGUCACUGUCCAAAACGCUCACGGUACAGAGACUGCCACCGCACAAGUCACUGUCAUAGACAAGUCAUCUGCGCCUAAGGCUCCUCUUGAGAUCACUGAUAUCUUCUCAGAGUACCUCACUCUCACCUGGAACGCACCUGAAGAUGACGGUGGACUUCCUCUCUCCAACUACAUCGUGGAGAGACGUGACGUCCGCCGAUCGGGAUGGUCUGUCAUCAACGACACCACCAAGGAUACCACUAUGAAGGUGACCCGUCUUGUGGAAGGCACUGAGUACAUGUUCCGUGUUGCAGCCGAGAACUCAGAGGGAGUCAGCAAAUGGCUUGAAGCUUCCAAGUCUGUAGUUGCCAAGAACCCAUAUGAUGAGCCCGGUUCACCAGGCGUACCAGCAGUCGUUGACUUUGACAGGGACUUCGUCGAGCUCGAGUGGGCCAAGCCCAAGAAGGACGGUGGUGCACCCAUCGAGGGCUACGUCGUCGAGAAGCGAGAGGUAGGUAGCACCCGCUGGCAGGAGGUCACCACUAGCCCCGUCAAGGGCACCAAGUACAAGGUGGACAACCUCCCGGUCAACAAGGAACUGGAGUUCAGGGUAGCGGCCGUCAACAAGGCUGGUACUGGCAAGCCCAGCGAGUGCUCGGCACCCCAGAAGACAAAGCCAAAGUUUGCUCGCCCCACACUCAAGGGAGAUAAGCUGCGUGACAUCAAGAUCAAGGCUGGCCAGGAAUUUGUCCUCUCCGUUAUUUUCGAGGCUGCCCCAGCCCCAGAGAUCAGCUGGACUCUCAAUGGUAAUAAGGUCACUGGUUCAGACCAUGUGGGCCUCAAGAACGAGGAGGAACUGACCGAGGUCAAGGUCAAGAUGGCCGACAAGUCAGACACUGGAACCUACGAGCUAAAACUGACCAAUGAUUCUGGCGAUGUCAAGACAAGCUGCAAUGUCAUUGUCCAGGAUCGCCCAAGUCCUCCACGUGGACCUAUCGAGAUCUCCGACGUCUUCGCUGACAAAUGCUCGCUGGCAUGGCAGGCACCCGAAGACGACGGAGGCAGCGAUAUCCUCAACUACAUCAUCGAGAAGUCGGAGGGCGACGACGACUACUGGUCCAAGGUGACUGGCUUCUGCCAGGACCCUAAGGGAGUAGCCACCAAGCUCAACCAGGGGACUAACUACAAGUUCAGGGUGCGUGCUGAGAACUCAGCUGGCUUCACCAGUGAGCCCCUGGAAUCUGAAAUGGUGAAGGCUAAGAAUCCUUAUGAGGCUGCAAGCUCUCCAGGAAAACCCAGCAUCCCGACCUACGACAAGACCACCGCUGACCUCGAAUGGACCGCAUCAUCAUCUGAUGGAGGAGACAAGAUCAGCGGAUACAUCGUUGAGAGGAGGGAGUCUCGCAGCAGUCGCUGGGUGAAGGCCACCCGUGAGCCAGUCAAGACGCUGGCCUACACCGUGACCAACCUGAUCCCCGGCCGCGAGUACCUCUUCAGGGUGUUUGCCGAAAACAGGGCUGGCCUCAGCACCCCCAGCCCGGAGUCUGAUCACCAUGUCGCCAAGGCACAGUUCGAGGCGCCAAAGAUUGACACCAGUGGCUUCGGCCUCGGAGACCUCCGUAUUAAGGCAGGAGCUCGCUUCGACAUCAACGUCCCGUUCGUCGGUGCCCCAGCUCCUGGGGUGGAAUGGGUGAAGGACAACAAGGAGAUGAAGCCAUCGGAUCGCUUCACCGUCGAUACCACCGAGAGCAACUCCACCCUGCUCUGCUCCUUCGCCGAGCGCGGUGAUCAGGGCUCGUACAUGAUCAAGCUGGACAACAGCCGCGGAUCAGACAGCUAUUCACUCAAUGUACUUGUCUUGGACCGACCCACUGCACCAGGAGGCCCCAUCGAGUACUCCGAGUUCACCAAGGAAUCUGUCCGCCUCACCUGGAAGGCUCCAGAGCAAGACGGCAACAGCUCCGUCUCCGGCUACUCCGUGGAGCGCCGUGACCCCAAGAAGGACUUCUGGACCCGGGUCACAUCCAAUGCACCCACCACAAGCUGUGUGGUGAAGGACCUGGUCUACCAGAACGACUACGUGUUCCGUAUCUGUGCCAUCAACCAGUACGGUACCAGUGAGCCCCUCGAAGGACGCCAGGUUAAGGUCAAGCUUCCGUUCGAUGAGCCCGAUGCACCAUCUGCACCAAAGAUAGAUGCCAUGAGCCGCAUCAGUGCAGACCUGUCCUGGGCACCUCCUGAUCACGAUGGUGGCAGCCCCGUCACCGGGUACCUGGUGGAGUUCCACCCCACAGAUGCCAGGGAGUGGCAGCGUGCCAACUCCUUCCCCAUCAGGGACACAGUCUACACCGUGCCCAACCUCAGGGAGGGCACAGAGUACCAGUUCAGGGUCAUCGCAGCCAACGAUGCAGGAGAGGGCAAGCCUAGCCGCUCAUCUGAAUCAGUGGUGGCCAAGGAUCCAAUCCUUCCUGCUGAUGCUCCAGGCAGACCAACCCUGGAGAAGGUGACCAAGGACUCUGCUGCUAUCUCCUGGUCCAAGCCUGUAUCUGACGGAGGAGCACCUAUCAAGGGAUACACCAUUGAGAAGAGGAAGGCUGGUCCAGGUCCCAAGGGAGACUGGACUCCUUGUCUUGAGGUGUCUCCCAAGGAGGAGUCUGCAGUGGUUCCAGACCUUGUCGAGGGAGAGGAGCUUGAGUUCCGUGUCAGGGCCAACAACGAUGAAUGCCCAGGCAAACCAAGUGCACCUACCCCAGCAACCGUCAUCGAGGAUAAGCCAGAACGUCCCAAGCUGGACAUCGGCAGCCUGGAGGACAUCAAGGUCAAGGGAGGUGAGAAGUUUGAGAUCAACCUCCCCUUGACCGGCUUCCCUACCCCAACGGCCACCUGGGAACUGGGAUCCAGUCCGGUCAAGGAGUCCGGCCGCGUCCUCGUCACGACCGCCAGGACUUACACCAAGCUAAAGGUGGACAGCGCCGAGCGCCAGGACGCCGGCCGCUACACCAUCACCGUCAAGAACGACUCCGGUUCCGACACCGCACGUGUCAAAGUUACCGUUAUUGCGGAGCCUGACGUACCCCAGGGCCCGGUCCAGGUUAGCGACAUCUCCCCUAACAGCGUAACGCUGUCUUGGAAACAGCCGGUCAACGGCCCAGAAGACGUAGAGAACUAUGUAGUGGAGAAGCGCGACCCGGAUACGGGGGCCUGGAGUAAGGUCAGCAGCUUUGUGCCCUCCCCGCACUUCAAGGUCAAGAACUUGAAGGAGGGGGGAGAGUACCAGUUCAGGGUGUCGGCCGAGAACCAGUACGGAGUCAGCAAGCCUAUCACGAGCGAGACCGUCAUCGCCAAGAAUCCAUUCGACCCACCUGGUAUGCCGUCACAGCCUGAGGUAACCACAACGACCUCGACCACGAUCUCCAUCCAAUGGACGAGGCCCUCUAACGAUGGUGGCAACCCUAUCGUAGGUUACACUGUGGAGAAGCGCAAGGAACAUGGUGACUGGUCGACGGCCACAAGGGCACCAGUCAAGGAUACGAGCUUCACUGCCUUCAAGCUUACAGAAGGUACCAGCUAUGAGUUCAGAGUGAAGGCAGUCAAUGAGGCCGGCCCAGGCAAGCCUAGCGAUUCCUCCGAUGCCAUCACAGCAAGACCACCACCAGUCAAACCCAAGGUGGAUUCAUCUAGCCGCAACCGUGAGGUUACCGCUGUCGCAGGGGAGAAGUUCCGCGUUGAGAUUUCAUUCGAGGGCUCCCCACCACCUAACAUCACAUGGUCACGCAGCGACAAGAACGGCAUCACUGUUGAACCCUCUAAUAGGAUCGCCUUUGAGGACACUGAGCUUAGCAGCAUCAUGGCGAACAGCGAGGCUGAACGUGGCGAUGCUGGAACAUACGCGGUCACAUUCAGCAAUGAGAAGGGAACCGACACAGCCACUGUACGGAUCAUUGUAGUUGACAAACCAUCUGCCCCCGAGGGCCCGUUGGCGGCCACUGACGUCACUGCAGAUUUCUGCAGGUUGUCAUGGAAACCGCCACAGGACGACGGAGGCAGUCGGGUUACAAACUACGUGAUCGAGAAGCAGGCUGCGGGACGCUCGGCCUGGACCAAGGUCUCCACCUACGUCCGCACCACCACCUACGACGUGGUCAACCUGGACGAGGGCUCCAUUCUCAAGUUCCGCGUGAGCGCCGAGAACCAGCAUGGUGUAGGACCACCCCUAGAGGGAUCUCAGGCCAUCACCAUCAAGGAUCCAUUUGAUGCACCCGAAGCACCAGGCAAGCCCAAUGCAGAUGAAGUGGACCGUGGAUUCGUCAGGCUGUCGUGGGAAGCUCCCGAGGCCGAUGGUGGAUCACCCAUCAUCGGAUACAUCGUUGAGAAGAGGGAGAGGGAUGGAGAAUGGAUUCCGGUGAAUGAUUACAACGUUAAGGAGACCACCCUACCAGUGGGUAACCUCCGUGACACCGCAGAGUAUGAGUUCAGGGUCUUCGCCAAGAACAAGGCAGGAAAGGGACCCGCAAGCCGCACCCUGCUGGGCAUUGAGCCCAAAGCCAUUAUCAAUGCUCCCUCUGCUCCUGGCGUACCUGUCGCAUCCGACAUCGGCAGGGAUACAGUGGACCUCCAGUGGGACAAACCCUCUUCAGAUGGUGGAUCCAAGCUUGCAGGCUACGUUGUUGAGAAGCGUGAGGAAGGCUCGCCAGACUGGGAGCCAGUCAGCAAGUAUCCUGUCAAGGGCACCAGCAUCACCGUGGACGGUCUGGAGCCAGGCGUGGGCUACGAGUUCAGGGUGAUCGCUGAGAACGAGAUGGGACCCAGCGAACCCGCUGUCACCUCCGCACCCAUCGAGACCCAGAAACCAAUCAAGGGUGUUGCUCCAAUCUUUGACGAUAAAUUCAGGCCUGUGCAGUCUGCCCAGGGAGAAGAGGCCAAGUUUGAGUGCAGGGUCUCUGGAACACCACAGCCAACCAUCAGAUGGAUCCGUAACGGUGAGGAGCUGUUCGCUGGAGCCAGGAUUAAGAUGAGGGAGUCGGACACCACCUACACCCUCAUCCUCACAGACCUCAGGGAUUCCGACGCUGGAGAGAUCGUCUGCGAAGCUACCAACAAAGCCGGCACUGAGAAGUGUCGCGCCAAGCUGCUAGUCCUUCUGCCACCCAGCAUCCGAUCAGCACCCAGGAAUGUGGAGACAGAGGCAGGCGAACCCUUCAAGGUCAAGAUUCCAUUCGAAGGCAAGGGCGACAUCGACGUCCAACUCCACAGAGGAAUCGAGAACAUCACAGCCGAUAGCCGAGUCAGGGCGAUCGUCUUUGAUGACUAUGUCCAAGUUGGAAUCAAGGGUGCUGAGCCUGAAGACAACGAGACCUUCAAGGUGACCCUGAGCAACAGCGUAGGCUCAGACUCCUGCACAUUUGAUGUCAAGGUCUCAGACAAACCAUCAGCACCUAAGGGACCUAUUGAGGUCGGUGAGAUCACAAACAACUCUAUCGCCCUCACCUGGAAGGCACCGGUCAACGACGGAGGUAGCCCCAUCAAGGGAUACACCGUGGAGCGCAAGGAUGAGGAGAACCCAGACUGGAUAACAGCUGGUAGCUAUCUUCCAAACACCACCUUCACUCCAACCAACCUGGUGAAGGGCCGCGCCUACGAGUUCAGGAUCAUGGCCGAGAACGAUAUCGGACAGAGUGCGCCUCUCAAGACCAAGGAGCCAAUCGUGGCAAAGGCACCAUAUGAUCCACCUGGUCCUACCAGUAGCCCAGACAUCGCUGAUGUCGGCAAGGACUUUGCUAGCAUUACCUGGACCAAACCCGAUGAUGACGGUGGCAGCCAAGUGACUGGCUACAUCGUCGAGAAGACCGAAGCUGGAGCGGACAGAUGGGCUCCAGUGAACCUUAACCCGAUACCAAUGAACUACUUCAUGAUCCCCAACCUGGUGGAAGGCAGGGAGUACGAGUUCCGCAUCGUCUCUGUCAACAGGGCCGGCAAGGGAGAGCCCUCCAUGGCCAGCUUGCCUGUCACCAUCAGGGAUCCAAACCCUAUCACCAAGCCCAAGUUUGAGGAACAGGUGAAGGAAGCAACAGGCGUCCAGGGUAAAUCAGUCAAAUUCAGCUGUGCAUUCUCUGGAAUCCCCACACCAGAUGUCACAUGGUGGAAGGGACAGAGGGAGCUCUUCAACAGCAACAAGUUUUCGAUCGAGACGGCCGACGGCACAUCCACCCUCAUUAUCAACGAGCUGGAGCGUGACGAUGAGGACGAGUUCAGCGCUGAGAUCAGCAACCCUGGCGGCAAGAAGACAAGCCGGGCUAUGCUCAAUCUCAAGACCAAGCCCACAGUCAGGAUACCCCUCCGCUACCAGGGCGCCACCGUGACCUUCGCCAAGGGUGAAGAGGUCAACAUCAAGGUCAGCUUCUCGGGAAGACCGAAGGCUGAGGGAUCCAUCCUCAAGGACGGCCGUUCCAUGGCCAGGGGCGUCGAGAAGGGCGACAAGUUUGUCACCCUCACCAUCAGAGAAUCAGACAGGAGCCACUCUGGCAAGUACACCUUCGUCGCCGAGAACGAGGUCGGAGAUGACACUGGUGACAUUGACAUCUGCAUCACUGACGCCCCAGAGACGGUGACCGGUCUCCGCUGUACCGACGUGACCCACGACUCGGUCGAGCUGACCUGGACAAAACCAGAGGACGACGGUGGCUACAGCCCUCUGACCUACGUCAUCGACCGCAGCACCAACAACGGCGGUACAUGGGCAAGGUGCGCCUCAGGGAGCCCCACCUCGAGCAUAGUCCAGUUCCUAGACAACGGCAAGCCCUACAAGUUCAGGGUCAUGGCUGAAAAUAUCUACGGACGUGGAGAGCCAAUCGAGUGCUCACACACCAUCACAAAGCCUGCCCCAGAGAAGAGGAAGUUCGUAGAAGAAGAGGAAGCCCCAGCCAGGCCUAAAGUUCCACCUGUCAGGGACUAUGACCAAUGUGUUGAUGAAUCCUUCCAGCCUACCAGUUGUAAGGUUCGCCGUGGUAACGUAGAAGACAAGUAUCACAUAGGAGAGGAAAUUGGAAGGGGUCCAUUCGGUGUGGUCCACCGCUGCAUCGAAAGGGGCACCGGCCGCACCUUCGCAGCCAAGUUCAUGGACGUAGAACCCAAGGACAAGGCUUUCAUCAAAGAAGAGAUCGAGGCAAUGAACCAGCUCCAGCACCCCAGGCUGCAGCAGUGCCAUGAUGCCUUCGACAUGGACGACAAAUUUGUCCUCAUCACUGACUUUAUAAGCGGUGGAGAUGCAUUCCAGAGAGCCAAAGAGAGAGGCACCCUCUCUGAAGAGGUUGUGGCUCGAUACACAAGGCAAGUCUGCGAGGGUCUACUACACAUUCACCUUCAAAACCACAUGCAUCUAGCUCUCAGGCCACAAAGUAUACUGUUUCAGACCAAGCGUAGCGAUAGCGUCAAGAUCAUUGACUUUGGUCUAGCAGCCAAGUUAGAUCCCGAUGAAAGAGUAAAGAUCGCAUACGCCGAACCAGACUACGCUUCACCUGAGGUCCUCAACGGCGACCAGCUCGGCUUCUCCACAGACAUGUGGAGCAUCGGUCUCAUCGUCUACAUGCUUCUGAGUGGUCUCCAUCCGUUUGAGAACGAUGCAGACAGGAUAAAAUCGUGCAAGUGGUCCUUUGACAAGUCAGCCUUCAGGGAAAUCUCACCAGAGGCACAAGAUUUCAUCAGCAGACUACUCAUCAAGGACAAGUCAGAGAGGAUGGCAGCACAUGAAGCACUAGACCACCCAUGGUUGAGGGAAAAGGAUCCCUUUGAUUUUGGGGAGGAAGAGUUCCGAGGAGGAGCAAAGAACAUCCCAACAGCAAACCACAAGACGUUGGUCGAGAGUGAAAAGUGGCUGGAAGGAGAACACAAGAUUGGCAUGGGUCGCAUUGCAAACUUUGGUGGACAAAGGAAGAGGAGACCACUCAAGACAGACUUCAAAGAAGACCUAUCCAUCGACCGAAAGGAAGGCAAGCCUAGGUUUAUCAAGAGGCCCAUCAACACCAGUGCGAUGGAAGACAGGGAUGUCAAUCUCAGCUGCCAGGUCGCUGGUGUAUCGCCACCUAUCACCACAUGGUCAGUCAAUGGCGAGGACUUGAAGCAGUCCCUGAAAUUCAAGCAGAAGUUCGACAACUUCAACUACGGUCUCACGAUCAGUGGAGCACAACUCACAGAUACCGGUCUCUACACAGUCACAGCAACCAACUCGUUUGGCAGGACUAGCUUUGACGUCAAGGUCAAUGUUGAACCCGAUCCAAUGAAGCAGAAGGCUGCCCAGAGACAACCAAGCCAGAAAGGAUUCAAGAUGGAUGACAUCAAGCCAGACUGCAGCCCAUGGUUUGAGUUCAAGCUUAGGUCACGUAUCAUCCAAGAGAACUCUGGUUUCAAGCUUAGCUGUAUCACCGCUGGUUAUCCUGAACCUAAGGUCACGUGGUACUUCAACGGUGAGCUUAUCCCCAAGGGAAGCACCGACUACAAGCAGGAAUACGGAUACCGCCUCUGCUCCCUCGACCUCGACCGCGCCCUCCUCUCACACUCCGGCCGCUACUCCGCUGUCUGCCAGAACUCAGAAGGCUCAGGCGAGACAGAGUGCAUCGUCAAGGUUCAAGUGCGCGACCCCAACAAGAAGCAGGAGCACCAGGAGACGAGGUCCAUGAGGAGAAGGAAGGAGGUCUCCGACGAAGGCGAGGAGUCCAGCUUCAGGGAGUACAAGAGCAGCCGAAGGACGGAGGAUUCUUACGAGGAGUCCUCGUCAUCGUCGACCAGGAAGUCCAGGAGAGAGGCGUCAUCGUACGAUGAGGAAACGGUCAGUAGCUCGUCAUCGUCACGGAAACAACAGCAACAGAAGCAGCAAGAAGAGGAAGAGGAGAUCGACAUCGACCUGGACGCGCCCGAGACUGAGAAGGCUGCUCUCUUGAUCCAAAAAGGUUUCCGUGGACUCAAGUCGAAGAAGACCAAGCAGUCAGAAGGUGAAUCAAGAGAGGAGGUGUCUGAGCAGAGGUCAGAAUCUCGCAGGUCAGAAAGGUCAGAGGUCAUCGAUGGUGAGGCAACAGGAGAGGUCGAGGCAGGCUACAGCAGCAUGUCAGCACACAGAGAAACAGUACAGGAAGGAGACGAACCCGCCCAGACCACAGGAGAGAUCUCUGUAGCACAGGGUGAGAUGCAAGCUGAGAUGGAGCUUGACAUGAACGACCCUGACGCACAGGUCAGGAUGAGCGGUGACGCUGCACAGUCUGCAAGCACCAUGGACAUCGAAGACGGCUCAGCAGGCGCAGGCUACCAAGGCCCUGUAGUACUCCAGAGACCUGAAUCUCAAACCGUUGAUGAGGGUGGGGCUGCAGACUUCUGCCUCCAGCUAGAGAGCCCUGCUGAUACCGUUUCUUGGAUCUUCAAUGGCAAUCAAAUCGAGGAUGGCGGACGCUUCAAGGUCUGGUCCGAAGACGCUAGCUACUUCCUCAGUAUCCCUCUCGCUCUCUCCACCGACUCUGGAAACUACACUGCACGCGCCGCCAACGAGAAUGGCGAAUGCUCCACCACCUUCGGCCUGAGCAUCUCCGCAUCUGAUGAGGGCGCUGUUGAAGAGAUCGAUGUUCAAGCCCUGAUUGACUCGGUCAAGGAGGAAUAAAUUUGAACAAAGGAAAAAAAAAACUAGAAAAAACUUUAUUAAAGAACCAAGAAUUUGAAAGUUUUUGGAAUGAAAAACGAUUCAAUGCCGGACAAACAUGACAACUCCAGAGAAGAAACAAAGAUAAAACGUAGAGAAAACAUGACAUGGAAAACCGCUCACUUCGCAAGAAUUUAGGUAUAGAUUGCCGUAGCAGUUUGGUAGAGAUGACCAGUUUGUACUGUGUUCUGUCAUUGUUUGUCAGUUUUUCAUUUCUUUAAUGGAUAAUCGAUUGAUUGAUUUACUUCAAUUGUUGAAACUUUAUAAUGUAUGAUGUAAUAGAUAUCUCUGUCUAGAUAUUACUUAAGUGUAAUAGAUUAGUGAUUAUUUUGUCUUUGAUAAAGAGUAUUAUUUAUAUCUAUGCAUAUAAAGAUUAAUUAUGUAAUAACUUUUCUAAAUGUGGAAUAUAUUGCGUAUUUCUGUGUAUUAUUUAAUCUAUGAUUUAACACUGGUCAUCUAAUAACCGAAACCUUACUGGGACAUGGCAAUUAAUUUUUCCCACAGGUCAAAAGUCAUUUAGUUAGCUGAACUGCCCUCUAGUCUUCCUCACAGUCUUUUCUUUUCAUACCUGUGAUUUCUUUUGUAAUAAAUGAUAUAUAAGAGGCAAGCUGUAAAUAGAAAUCAUUGCAUGCAUUAUGAGGAAUGUGAGUUUAAAAGAAGAAUAACUUGAUUUUUUUUAUAUGUCGUUUCGGACGAUAAUAGCAUGUCCUCCUUUUGUGGAAAUUGGAAGGACAGAUUGUGUAGAUGAUACAGUUUAGUGGCGUGCAGAUUGUCAGUGCGAUGUAAAAUGCAAAGUGUGCCUGAAUAUUGCACUUUGAUUUGUGAUAAAAACAAAACAAUUUGUUUUUUUCAUGUUAAGAAGUUGCAUCGAGCAAUUGCCAAGUGUAAGUGGGAUGAUAGCUUAGAGGUAGAACGACGUCUAUCACUCUCACAAAGUGGAAAAUGCAUUGAAAAUUUACUUUUGUAAGUAUUCUCAAUACCACUUUUUCAGCACUUUGGAGAAUCCGUAACGCCCUUUUAUAAUGUAUAAAUUAUAUAUUUAUGAGUAUGCAAUUCUAUGCAUCUCGACCGAGUACUGUGAUUCUAUGAAAAUAAUGAGUGCAAUUAUGAUAAUGAUUAAUUUCAUAUAUUUUCUGUUUGGUAUUCAAACAUAUCUCUCUUUAUUUUGUGCUUCCCGCUUGCCCUUAUUUGCCAUGUUCCCUUGAUAUUUCAAAGAAAAGAAAAAAAGAAUAACAAUUAUAAAAAAAUACUAAUUGCAGUGCCAUGUUAAACGUAGAGGGCAGACUUCAAAUAAAUCUGUACGCAGAACACAACACGAAA